AUGGAGGGCACCAUUCUCGGUUUCAACGCUCAAUGUUCUCUUUUCUCUUUCCGCAUCCUCCUGAGCGCAACAAGGCUGGCUGGCCCAUAUUGGGCUCUCGGUAUGCGUCCUGGCCGGCAAUCAAACACUACCAAAAACUCCUCUAUUAUCGAUGUGGUGCCAUCGAGACCAUUUUCUCUCGAGACUGUAACUGCUCCAGGAAAGUGGGAGAAGAGCGUUCCCGCCUACAUUGUGGGAUUUGCUCGGAUUGCCAGACAUAACGUUGAGAAAAUAGAUGGCUCAAUCAGUUCAGGCGACUGUUUGUGCCUUGCUGGAUGA